AUGACCCAGAACUUGAAAAGGCUACAGAAUCUGAAAGAAAACAAACCUGGUAAUGAAGAAUUUCCAGCUGAUGAAGAAGAGAUAGUUGACCUUGAUCUAAAUGACCCAGAGCUUGAAAAGGCAGCAACCCAAAUUCAAGCUUCUUUCAGAGGCUAUAAAACCAGACAAAAUCUAAAAGAGAAUGGAUCUCCGGAAUCUCCAGCUAAUGAAGAAGAGAUAGUUGAUCUUGAUCUGAAUGACCCAGAACUUGAAAAGGCUGCAACCCAGAUUCAAGCUUCCUUCAGGGGUUAUAAAACCAGACAGAAUCUGAAAGAAAAUGAACCUUCUGGUAAUGAAGAAGAGAUAGUUGAUCUUGACCUGAAUGACCCAGAACUUGAAAAGGCUGCAACCCAAAUUCAAGCUUCCUUCAGGGGUUAUAAAACUAGACAAAAUCUGAAAGAGAAUGGAUCUCCAGCUAAUGAAGAAGAGAUAGUUGAUCUUGAUCUGAAUGACCCAGAACUUGAAAAGGCUGCAACCCAGAUUCAAGCUUCUUUCAGAGGCUAUAAAACCAGACAGAAUCUGAAAGAAAAUGAACCUUCUGGUAAUGAAGAAGUAGUUGACCUUGACUUGAAUGAUCCAGAACUUGAAAAGGCUGCAACCCAAAUUCAAGCUUCUUUCAGGGGUUAUAAAACCAGACAAAAUCUGAAAGAGAAUGGAUCUCCGGAAUCUCCAGCUGAUGAAGAAGAGAUAGUUGACCUUGAUCUGAAUGACCCAGAACUUGAAAAGGCAGCAACCCAGAUUCAAGCUUCCUUCAGGGGUUAUAAAACCAGACAGAAUCUGAAAGAAAAUGAACCUUCUGGUAAUGAAGAAGAGAUAGUUGAUCUAGACCUGAAUGACCCAGAACUUGAAAAGGCUGCAACCCAAAUUCAAGCUUCCUUCAGGGGUUAUAAAACUAGACAAAAUCUGAAAGAGAAUGGAUCUCCAGCUAAUGAAGAAGAGAUAGUUGAUCUUGAUCUGAAUGACCCAGAACUUGAAAAGGCUGCACACUUGAAAAGGCAUGCAACCCAAAUUCAAGCUUCUUUCAGGGGUUAUAAAACCAGACAAAAUCUGAAAGAGAAUGGAUCUCCGGAAUCUCCAGCUGAUGAAGAAGAGAUAGUUGACCUUGACCUGAAUGACCCAGAACUUGAAAAGGCAGCAACCCAGAUUCAAGCUUCUUUCAGAGGCUAUAAAACCAGACAGAAUCUGAAAGAAAAUGAACCUUCUGGUAAUGAAGAAGUAGUUGACCUUGACUUGAAUGAUCCAGAACUUGAAAAGGCUGCAACCCAAAUUCAAGCUUCCUUCAGGGGUUAUAAAACUAGACAAAAUCUGAAAGAGAAUGGAUCUCCAGCUAAUGAAGAAGAGAUAGUUGACCUUGAUCUAAAUGACCCAGAACUUGAAAAGGCUGCAACCCAGAUUCAAGCCUCUUUCAGAGGCUAUAAAACCAGACAAAAUCUGAAAGAGAACGAACUGGAUGCCAUUGAUGUAAAGGGUUCUGACCAAGAAAUGAUUUCUGUGAUGUCUUAUACUAGUCAAAAACCAGAUGAAUUUUACAUGGUUUCUGAUAAUGAGCUUGGAUAUAUUGAUUUAAAUGAUCCAGAAUUAGAGAAGGCUGCAACACAGAUCCAAGCAUCAUUUAGAGGAUAUAUGACCAGGCAAAAUCUAAAUAAAGAUACACUAGUCACAGAAGAUCAUGAUGUCAUUGACCUCAAUGAUCCAGAACUUGAAAAGGCAGCUACUCAAAUUCAGUCAUUAUUUAGGGGUUACAAAACAAGGCAAAAUUUGAAAAGUGAUCCCCAUGAGCAAAAGGUAACAGAGGUACUUGACAUUGAUCUUGAUGCUCCUGACUUGCAUAAAGCAGCAUCGCUUAUUCAGGCCAGAUUCCGAGGUUACCAGUCACGGAGGAGUGCUAAGGAUUGCAAAUCCCUUGUGAAAGAUGAUAUAGAUGACAUUGACUUGAAUGAUCCAGAGGUUCUUAAAGCAGCUACUUUAAUUCAGGCUUCAUUUAGAGGUUUCAAAACAAGGAAGGGUGCUGAUCCACCUAAGCCAAGUCAGUGUGAAGGGAAUGAGACUCACCUGAAUGGUCAUGAAAACAAUGAAGGAAAGCAGGACACUGUUAAUGGCAAGGUGAUGGAUAGUGAUGAAGAUAAGGAGUUUGCUGAAGCAGCAGCUGAAAGAACAAAUGGGCAAGAAGGCACCAGAUACAUUGUAGAACCAUCAAUAAUAGUAACAGAUACCGAAACAAACACAGUACUCCAAGCCAAAGACCUAGAUGAUUCAGUAUCUGAUAACAAAGACACAUUGGAGGUUGUCCAUGCUGGUGACAGCGACUGGUCUAAUGUCUCCAGUAGAGAUGCUAGCCCAUCCCCAGACCGGAGUGGACUGAAUGCUCCUAUUGACAUCACAGAGCUCAACACUGCAGCAACAAAGAUUCAAAGUAUCUUCAGGGGUUACAGAACAAGACAACAGAUAAAAAAACAUCGCACCAACGGCCCUGUACAUAGCAGAAGCAAGGCGAAAAGAAGAGGUUCAUGCAGCAAAGACAAAGAAAAUGCCGCAGCCACGAAAAUCCAGGCAGCUUUCCGCGGCUUCAAGACGAGAAAACAUAUGAAAAAUACGACGGGCAAACCUUCUUACCGCAGUUUGCCACGUGGACUGCAGCAGCGGAGGGAUAGUCUGGAAGCAGCGCAAAAGGAAGCUCGGCGAGGUAGCCUUACGAGGGACGUCCUGAUGGCCAGCGUCCUCGAAGAGCGAAUGCAGCACAGAGAACUACGACCAGAGGAUCCAGCGUUAACAAAAGCAGUUGUGACUCUACAGGCUGGUGUCCGAGGCUACCUUACUCGCAAGCACAUGGCAGAAAAGCGUGCGGCGUCGGAUUCAUCUAACGCAGACCAAAUCAACGCAGAGGCAGCAGCUACAAAGAUCCAGGCCGGAUUUAGAGGUUACAAGACCCGCAAGAUGUUGAGGGAGAGAGCGCAGGCCAGCUUGGAUCUCAGUGAUCCAGCUGUGAUCCAGGCAGCUGUUAGGAUACAGGCUGCUCUCCGUGGACAUCUUACCAGGAAGGAAUUGAGAGGAGCGUCCUAAAGAAUAAAUGUUCCGCUUAGGAAUGUAAUGUUAUAUAGGAAGAGAUAUGCUUUAGCAGCUUUAAGUAUUCCAUAACUUCUACUGUAUACAUAUACAUAUAUAUUUAUAUUCUGAUAUACUUAUUGCGUAACCAUAUUAUAGGCAAAGUUUAACAGUAAUUUAAAGAAAAGCUUUUUUAUUUAUAUCAUUAUUUUGUUAACUCAGUUUUGCUUCCACUGUAGCUAUGGGAACUGUAAUAAAAAAAAUAAUUUUCAGCGGUUUUGUUGCUAGCUGAAAUUAAAUCAGACAGAUGCGCACAGUUGUGGGUAUGAACUGAUGCGUAUCUAGCAAAUUAUAAUAUUGUAACAAUAUUAUAUAAUUAUAAAAGAUUCUAUGGUAGCUAAUUGCAGCUCGUUCAUAAUUAUUUGCAUUUCAGUAGAUAUCAAUGACAUACUUUACGGUAGUCACUGUGAUAAAGAAAAUACGUACUUUCACAUAUACAUACAUGUAUGUAUGUAUGUAUAUAUAUAUGUACGUAGGUAUGUAUCACUGUACUGUGCUACUGCAUUUAGUGCUUAAUACGGAUGUACUUCAAUAAAAAUACAUUCAA